AGACGGAGCUCUGACCGCGACAAGUCAGAUUUAGACGAAUGUAACCUCGUUUGGACUCUAACGAUAAAACAUCACCAGAGAUUAUGUAACGGUGGGUCGUUGACCUCUCACUGAUGGGAUCUUAUCGACUUCUGUUGCCUCACAUUCCUUAACGCCUCCAUGGAUCUCAUCCAGGCCACCCAGGUUUCCUUGCUGCCUCAGGAGGCUCCUAUAGCUACCUGGAGCAACAACUCCAUUCACCCCUUCUCAAAUGUCCUGCUCCUGUCCACUCCUUCUGAACCACUUCUCGACUUCACCCCGAGUGACGGCUGUUUCCUCUUAAACAGCAGCUGUCAGAACGCCACCGCACCAACACCUGGAUCACUCCCUGGCUUGGCUGGAAUCUUCAUCCCUCUUAUUUACGGGAUAGUGUGUGUUGUUGGUCUUGUGGGCAACACCCUGGUCAUCCACGUUAUUGUUAACUACACCAAAAAUGAGUCAGUCACCAACAUCUACAUCCUCAACUUAGCCAUUGCAGACGAGCUCUUCAUGCUGGGCCUGCCCUUCUUGGCGGUACAGAACGCUCUGCUUUCCUGGCCCUUUGGCUCUCUAAUGUGCCGUGUGGUCAUGACAGUGGAUGCUAUCAACCAGUUUACCAGCAUAUUCUGUCUGACUGUGAUGUCGGUGGACCGCUACCUGGCUGUGGUGCACCCCAUCCGCUCCUUUUGGUGGCGUCGUCCCCGUGUAGCCAAGGCCAUCAGUGCCACAGUUUGGGCAGGGUCCAUUGUGGUGGUGCUGCCGGUGGUGGUGUUUGCUGACGUGCUGAAGGAUGAUGGGAACUGCAGCAUUGUGUGGCCUGAGCCAGCUGAAGUGUGGAAGACGUCUUUCAUCGUGUACACAUGCACUGUGGGCUUCUUCUGCCCCUUGCUGGUUAUCUGCUUGUGCUACCUGCUGAUCGUCAUCAAGGUGCGCAGUGUUGGAAAACGAGCACAGGCCACGUCCUCUCGGCGCAGGAAGUCGGAACGUAAAAUCACCCGGAUGGUGGUUGUCGUGGUGGCAGUGUUUGUCCUUUGCUGGCUACCGUUCUAUGCUCUGAAUAUCGUCAACCUCCUGGUGGUCUUGCCCGGGGACUUCAGGGGGCUCUACGUUUUUGUUGUUGUGCUGUCAUAUGCGAACAGCUGUGCCAACCCCAUUCUGUACGGAUUUCUGUCUGACAACUUCAAGAGAGGCUUCAGGAAGGCCCUGUGUGGCACUUCACGUAGGGUGAAGAACAACGACAGGGCCGGCACUGAGGUACAGCGACCUACCGAGGAGUGGGGUGGCAUUGGGCUCCGAGCACAAAAAAGUGAAGGAGUCAUCAGUGUGCAGAAGAAAGAUUGUGGCGAAAACGAGGAAGAGGAGGAAAUCAAUGGAAUGGAAGGGGCCAUACAGAUGAGUGAAAUAUGCAAAAGCUCACAAAAUGGAAACCACAGUGGAGUAACAGAGGACGCGAGGACACAGGUGGCGCAGAGGGGUAAGCCUGAGCCGGAUCACUGUGGUCCGAGUGCCAAAAAUGGAGAACUGGCAGGGAAAGGCCCAGGCUCUGAUCCUGCUGAGGCAGUGUCCUCUAUGGCCAGUAAAAAUAGAAACAGCGUGUUACAACCUGAAGAAAUCCCAGACAAACACUCUGUGCUUGAAAUCAGCUAUCUGUAAUAUGUUAGCAUGUUUUCAGUGGAGAUUCAGUCAGUGCCAUUUGAAGUAUUUCUCACAGAUAUUUAAAAUGUCUGUAAAUAUUACAAACAGCUGUGGAUAACAGGUAACAGGCUCAGUGUUAGAUUAUGUGGAGUGACUAUUUUAUAAUGUGCAAAUCUUUGAAGUUUGGGGUUCAGUUCAUGUUCAGUCUGAACAUAUCAAUGCUUGUUUUUGCCAUGGUGUAAAAAAUAUUAUUUUUACAAAAUAUAAAAACAGGCAUGAUGGACUGGAACCAAUCGAGAGGUGGGAAGAACAAAUCUAAAUAUUUAAAAAACUUGAACAUACUUGAACCAAAUCCUUGGGAAUGUCUGACAGUAUUAUGGAGACAAGUUGAAACACUGCUAUGGUCAUUCUUCUUGAUAUUUGGUAGAUUUCUAACUCUAAAAGUGGGACUUUUUUGCCAACUGCUAUGGUAUGACCCCUUUAAACUAUAAACACCCAGAUUUUAAAAUGUGUUUUCUAUAUUUAUUUACUGCUGUCAUGUUUACAAAUACCUUUUCGCCUUUUUUUUUUUUAAAUCAGGAACAUCUUGGUCUGAAAUGGCUAAUGCACUGUAUGAAUCAUAUCCCAGUGGGGGAUGACACAACACAUGAUCAUUGUAAAAUGAAAAAUGUCAAUUAUGUUUUACCUUUUACUUUGGCUUUUGAAAACAAUGUAAAUUGUGCUGUUUUACAAUCCAGUAGUGGGCAGUACUGGAACCACUGCCAUAAAACUCAACACAAGAAGAAGAAAUAAUUGCACUGUUUUCAGAAUCACAUGAACACAACUUGCUUUAGCUUACUACCCGAGAUGUGCAAUACCAACACAUAAAAAUAGUGCCAGACUACUUUCUACAUAGGUGUGUAGAAAAGAUAUAUUUAUGUUUGUAUUUAUUUAUUAAAUCAUCUUAAAGGUCCAUUGUGUAACAUUUAGGAUGAUCUAUUGGCAGAAAUGGAAUAUAAUAUUCAUAGGUAUGUUUUCAUUAAUGACUAAUUACCUGAAAAUAAACUCCUUGUG